AUGAUCAUCGCGCAUUUCACUAUUCCGGAGCUGGUUUUAACUGAGAAAGAGUCGGCGGCUCUUUAUUUCAUCAGUGCUCUUUCCGACGUCGUGAUUGCUGGGUUGCUGUGUUAUUUUUUGAAAGUUUCGAAUAGUCGUACAAAAAUUCCAGCAACACGUCUAGUACUGAAAGACGUCUUUCAUUACGUGAUCGCAACGGGUAUUCUUACAAGUGCAUGUGAGAUCGGAGCUGUAAUUGCAUAUUUCAUACGACCAAAUGGCCUUUACUUUGCUGCAAUACACUUUUCAUUAGGGAGAUUGUACACCAACUCGCUACUUGCAGCAUUAAAUGCUCGUAAGAAAAUGAAGGACAGGCUCCAACCAAGAGGUCCCAAUAUUGUUCGAGGUGUCAAUAGUCACGGGUCGACCAUCACGCAGCCAAAUAUGCAUACAGUAUCCAUAAAGGCGGCUGAAGGUGAUGAUUUUGAUGGCAAACCUCCACAGUACGCCCUACCAGGAGAUUGCGAUAAAUCCGGUGAAACUGUCUUAUUGAAGGUGCCAACCACUAACCUCAUCGAAAAAUCCGAACAUCGAGAAGUCGGAGUCCAGGAUACCAGCACAUCACCGAAUAUCAUGAUCAAAGGCAAUCAACUGCCUUUCGAGAUUCUUGCUCACAUAUUUCAGCUAUACGUCGAUGAAGACAAUAAGGCAUCUUAUGACAUUCGUCCAAUGGGUGCUUUUCCUCUCGGCGCUGUCUGUCGAAUGUGGCGUCAUGUUGCUUGGGCGUGUCCUAAACUUUGGGCUUCACUUCAAACCUUCCACGUACGACAAGCGACAACGCAUGGACAAAUUCAACUAGCAGUUGAGUGGCUUAGCCGUUCGGGCCAAUAUCCCCUGACUAUCUUUCUUCGUGGAUAUAUUCUCUCUGAUUCAAGUGACAAUAUGCGUGCUCAAAUGAAGGUUGGAGCACUUCUUAUCCCUUUAAUGGAUGCCAUCAGCCAUUCCCUGAAUCGGCUACAUACUCUCGGAUUAAUUGGGCUUCCGGGAUCGACAGUUUCCCGACUCAGCUGGGCAUCUGUUCCAGCAACAGCGCUAAAGCGUCUGUAUCUGGACACCCCUCAAAGCACAUGCCUUCUCGAUCUUUCAUCCUCUGCGCCAUCCUUCCUUAAUAUGCAAACUAUGUCGCUGGACGCACUCACCAUCAACUGGAACAACCUUACUGAAUACGGGGCGGCCGAAAUGGUCCUAGACGAUGUGCUUCAAGUGCUUGCACUUGCUCCUCGAAUAGCAGUAUGUCACAUAGUCGAUCUUGAAAAAAGUGACGACUUCCCAUUGCAAAGCACUGGCCGUCCCGUCGUAUGCCAUGAACUGACAAAUCUUUACGUCAAUCCAAUGUACCACACCGAAGAUGUGGUCUCUGAGCUCCUCCAAAAGAUUACAUGCCCUAAGCUCGAUGGUUGCACUAUCGACGACGAUGCAACACUGCAACCUUCUACGGUGCUAGAUUUUCUGCAUAGGUCAUGUUGCCCCAUCACCGGCCUCGUGCUCGGCGAAGAAAUCUGCUCGGGAGAGGACCUCUACCGUAUCGCAACCGCCUUCCCAUCACUCACAACUAUCUGGAUGCGCAAGUUGGACGAUUGGAUGGGUGUGGAGUCGUCUCUAUCUCUCUUGCCGUUUUUCAACGCUCUUUGCGUGGAAUUUCGAUACGACUCACAAACACAUCCCGUGCUACUUCCGCAACUGAAAAUUUUCACAGUUGAUACCCGUAAUCCAAUUCCAUGGGGAAAGCUUCCUGGCUUCCGUCAUAAGCGUUUGUUUACGAGUGAUGGCGAGUGUAACGGGUACGAGGUUGUCAGGCCAGGCUUGGAAAAAAUUACCAUGUACACAGAGUACGGCUACUUCCAGCCACAAAUGGACUCUGAGCGUCGUACUGGCGAGGGAGAGGCCGAAAAUUCCAAGCAACCCCCCCUUGGUUUGAUUCGAGAUUGGCAGUCCUUUUCGGAGCUUGUCAAGCUCGCUGCUGAAGUUCGCCUGGAUUUGCAAGUGAAGGGGCGCGAUUUAUUCUACCUGUCGUAUGUUGCGCUCAAAAGCGUUGUUGGGGAGGCCCCAGAUGAUGUGAAGCAGUUUAUGGAGGGAAGGCCGGUCCCAAUGGAUAUAAAUGAUUCUGGGGCGUCCAGCCCGUUUACCUUCAAAGGCGUACUUCGACUCCAUUGGCCUAUCAUGCUGAAAACAAUUUUCUUUAUCGCACUCCUGGUAGUCGAGUUGGCAGGGAACCCAAUACUCGUUGAAAGGUCCCCUAUUAACCUACCCAUAUCUCGUCGGGCAAACAUCACGGGUGGUCUUGACCUCUUGAAGCGUGACCGUGCCCGGGUCGGAUACAUUAAAACACAGGCCGUCUCGAGAGGACCUGCAGAUUUGCGGUCUGUUCGCGAUUUUUUCGAUUUCAUUGACUACGACGGGGUUGGCUACGUUGCCAAGGUCGGCGUUGGUUACCCAACUACAUAUUUCAAAAGUUCAAACACAUGGAUUGGAGCCGGCCGACCAUACGAGAAAACCUUUACCAGUCACAAGACUACGUACCGGGUGGAACUCAAUUAUGGAUCGGGAUCCAUCUUUGGAGACGAAUAUAUUGACAACUUAUUCCUGACUCCGAGCCACGUAGUCGCACGGCAAUCUAUAGGAGUUGUUAACAAGGCGAAAGGAUUUGAGGGUGUGGAUGGUAUACUAGGAAUCGGUCCUGUUAAUCUUACUUUGGGAACCUUGUCUGACAAUAGCAUUCGAGUCCCAACUGUGACGGACAACCUUUUCUCACAAGGGACAAUUUCUUCCAAUGAAAUCGGAAUAACCUUCCAGCCAACCACUGCAACUGAUGAACAUGGUGCUAAAGGAGUAAUAACCUGGGGCAGACCCGACUCGCACUGGUUCACAGGCAAUAUUUCCUACAUAUCGUUGACGAACAAAUUUCCUUCCUCUGAAUUCUGGGGGUUCGACCAUUCUAUCCGAUAUGGCUCAUCGACCACAAUUCUGUCCUCUGGAACUGGAGUCGUCGAUACAGGUGCCACCUUUAUUCUGCUCGCCCGAGAUGCAUUUAACAGAUACCAGGCUGCUACAAACAGUCAGCCCGAUAGCAAUACUGGCUUAUUAAAGCUACCGGCUUCCAGUUACAACAGUCUAGAAAGCUUAUUUUUCUCUGCAGGAGAACAUACUUUUGAAUUUACUUCCAAUGCGCAAAUAUGGCCUCGAUCGCUAAACGCUGACAUAGGCGGAGUCGCUGGAAGCAUUUAUCUCAUUGUUGCGGAUGCGGGAACUCCGUACCCCUAUGGAGACGUUGCUUACGGCUAUGUUUUUCUUCAACGAUUUUAUUGUGUAUACGAUACCGCAAACAGGCGCCUGGGUCUUGCAGAGACAGAGUUUACAAGAGAUACAUCCAAUUAG